GAAAAUGUUAUUAAUAUAAAAUGUUGGCGUCCUCUUCAGUUUCCAACGAGUGCCGUGGUCAGUGCCGGAACGGAGCGACAUGCAAGGAGGGCGACCAGGGUUACCUCUGCCAGUGUCCUCCAGGCUUCGUGGGCACUCACUGUGAAAUCCAGAGGAAUAAAUGCGACAGCGGUCCGUGCCAGAACGGCGGCCAGUGCCACGCGGUGUUGGACGGCUUCGUGUGCGAAUGCCCAGCCGAGUUUGCGGGACAGCUGUGUGAGAUCCCCAGCUGGUCCCCCUCUGACGCUUGUGAUCCGAACCCUUGUAAGAACGAGGCCCAGUGUCACAGCAUCUAUCAGGACUUCUACUGCGCCUGUCCAGAGGACUACCAGGGGAAAACCUGCGAGCGGCUCAAAGAGAACUGCAAGACCGUCCCGUGUCAAGCGAUUGACAGCUGCACCGUUGCCGUAGCGACCAACGACUCGGCUGGAGUGCGACACAUCUCCUCCAACGUCUGUGGUCCACGAGGCCGAUGCCUCAGCCAACCAGGGGGAAACUUCACCUGCGCCUGUGACCCGGGCUUCAGCGGCAUGUACUGCCACGAGAAUAUCAACGACUGCAUCGACAGCCCUUGUGGAAACGGAGGAACCUGCAUCGAUGGGGUGAACUCCUUCCAGUGCUUCUGUCCUGACGGCUGGGAGGGUCGACUCUGCGACCACAACGUCAACGAGUGCCGACACAACCCCUGCAAGAACAGCGGCCGCUGCGUCGACCUGGUGAACGACUUCUACUGCGAGUGUGCCGACAACUGGAAGGGCAAGACCUGCCAUUCCCGCGAGAGCCAAUGCGACGCCACCACCUGCAGUAAUGGAGGCACCUGCUACGACCACGGAGAUGCCUUCCGCUGCGCGUGUCCACCCGGGUGGGGGGGGAACACCUGCAACACAGCCAAGAACAGCACAUGCGCCUCCAGCCCGUGUUCCAACGGUGGAACCUGCGUGGGAGGAGGAGACACCUUCACCUGCAUCUGCAAAGACGGCUGGGAGGGACCCACCUGUGGCCAGAAUACAAACGACUGCAACCCUCAUCCAUGUUACAACGGCGGUAUCUGCGUAGACGGAGUCAACUGGUUCAGGUGCGAGUGCGCUCCUGGUUUCGCCGGACCUGACUGCAGAAUCAACAUAAACGAGUGCCAGUCUUCACCCUGUGCCUACGGAGCCACGUGUGUGGACGAGAUCAACGGUUUCCGAUGCAUCUGUCCGCUCGGUCGAACGGGAGCCAGAUGUCAAGAGUUCAUUGGUAUUGGGAAGACUUGUCACUACACCGGGCUGCAGUUUCCGCAUGGCAGCCGCUGGGAGGAGGAGUGCAACAACUGUCACUGCAUCAACGGCAAAGUGGACUGCACAAAGGUGCUGUGUGGUCGUCGCCCGUGCCUGCUCCAGUCGUCGGGCCAGCAGCAGUCCUGCCCUGCUGGACGGGAGUGUUUAAAGCACAGCUACCUCACUUGCUUCUCCCCCCCUUGCCAUCAAUGGGGGGUUUGCUCCAUGGCCAGACCCUCACCCCCACAAGUAACCACCAAGUGCCAGCCGAACAGCGGGCAUUUGGACAACAGCUGUGUCCGGAUAACACUUGUUUUCAACAGAGACAAAGUACCACCAGGAACAACUGUAGAGAAUAUCUGCUAUGAGCUGAGGUAUCUUUCAAGCCUCCGAAGUUUGGCAAAGGACCACGCGCUUCUCCUGCUCUGUGACGUCUCUCAUUCGAAUCCGGACGCUGUAGAGGUGGCGAUAUCUUUCCAGCCAGAAGAUCUACAGGACCUCAGUAUGAUCCAGAAGGUUGCCAGCGCCAUAGAAGGCACCUUGUCGAGGCGACACAACAGCAGUAUAAUGCUGGCUGUCACUGAGGUCAAAGUGGAAACGCAGGUCAUGCCCCCCUCAGUGGAUUACCUGGUGCCUUCACUCUGUGUCGUCUUCUUCCUGCUCUGCCUCGUCUGCAUCAUUGUAUGCGUUUGGUGGACACGCAAACGGAGAAAAGAACGUGAGAGGAACACGCGAUCUGCUGCAGAGGACAACGUGAACAACCAGUGGGAGCCGCUCCGGAUUGUCGUGGGACGUGCGCAUCAUCAGCAGCAGCAGCAGCUGAAAGAGAGCAACAGGGAGGCUGAGCAGGAGCGCAAAAAGCUCAUGGGUCCUUCUUAUCGGACGUGUGAUGAAGGGGAGGAGGAGGAGGAGACGGAGGGCGAGCUUGAGCUCGAGGAGGAGUGUGGUGGAGCAGAGGCGGGGAAGCAGCCAGUUUAUAAGUACUCUAAGACUGCAGAGCAGUCCAGUGGGGGUGUGAUCUGUACUCUGCACAGCUCCAGUUCAUCCCUCAAAGCGCCUCACCGGACCCCAGGCUACAGCCCCAAAGACAACCGCUGGAAAAAUGUCAGUGCCGUCUUGACUGGUCAGAAAGACCUCAGAGACCACUGUGUAUAAGACAUUUAAACCAAGGACUCGCAGUGUGCAAGCGAGAGAAGCUGCGAGCCAGCAGCUCUUCUUAUUUUCAGACUACUUUUGGAGAGAAAAAGAGGCUUUGUGUUUUAAUAAGCCAUUCUUUGUUUUGAUGUUUUCGUCACUGUCACCUGAAACGAUUUUUGAUUCAGGAGGCUAGAGCACAGUGAACAACCUUUUUUGCUUCUGUUCGCUUAUUUUUCUUUGAUUAUGUACAGAAGGAGCUGAAAUGUUAACGUUUGUUUCAGGAGGCAAAAGAAGCUCUCUGCAAUUUUUGUUUAUGGAUUUGUACCAUUUAAGAAACGAUGAAUCAAGAAAAAGGAGAAAAAACAACUUGUAUAAAGGUUUUUUUGUUUGUUUUGUUUACAGAUUAUGAUUUUGUUGAAUUGUCAGCGGGCUCCUGUUCAGUGUCUGUGUCUGGGGACAGAUGCACGUUAAAGGGACGGUAAAGGAAGGGUUUAGAGGGAAAUGUCCUGUUGCAGUCGCAGCAACAGAGGAAACCUUCCAGUCUCUGUCCGGCUUCGCCCACUGAUCCACCUGUGGCCGUCAUGCGCCAGCCUUACCAAAACACUUGGCCUGGAGGGGAGAGGGGACAGAAACCCCAGUGCCUACUAUGUGGCCUUCCAUUGUUUUGUUUUAUUUUGCUCCUGUCUCUCAGUCGUCUUGGCUGAAAGCUCUGUUUGAGGAUUUUCUGCAGUAUUUGAGUUGGUAGCAAGUGCCUUUCUAAGAGCUGUGUCGAGGCUCCGAGUCGCGCUGCCCAGUUUGACCUCCUCGUUCUCAAAUCUCAAAGGGAUAUAAGUGUACAUUUAGAGAGUUCAAUUUCACAGCAACGCCAUUCAAGGUAUUUGAUCAAAACAGAAAUGAAUACUCUGUACAUAUGUGUAAAUACUAAAGGAGUCGCUGUGUAUAUUUGAAAUAAGUAACUUAAAGAC